AUGGAAGCAACGACCGCCCCGUCCCUGGAGGGUACCGAGCCGCAUUGCAUCUUUGCUGUACGGAGUACCGCGCGCGGAUUUUUAUGGAGCGAACCGAAGCGAGAGUACUUGCCAGCUGUUGCCAGACCAUCACAGGUUUACAUCCUGGGGUCUACUGCACAGUACCUGUCAAGUGCGUUUGCGUUGCUGUUGGCAGCACCCUCCCCCGGGUGGAGUGUGGUACCUGACAGUGUGUUCCAGGCGGUUAAAGGUACAUCCACUUUCUUCUCCUUAGUCAUCAUUGUGGCUUUUGGAUUGGACAGCGGACGGGUCGGCAAGGGUGGUGACUGGACCCGGCGCCGGCGGGGGUGUUCGCUGAGGUUCCAGUCGCCUCACAAGAAAUACUGA